AUGGCUCUCCCCGCUGUGGACGAAGACGCCCCACUCGUGACGCCCUCUGCUCAGUCUUUCGAUGUCGUCAAGCACUUUGGCGCGCUGCUCGAGCGGGACGACCCCAUGCCGGCGCCGGUGGCAGCUGUGGAGGCACUGGCAGAACUUGUGUCGCGAUCAGACUCGUCAACCAUCCAGGAACUCCUCGCCCUCCUCCGCCAGGCCUCCGCCCAGAUCGCUGCCUCCUCCUUCAACCCCGUCUCCGCCCAGUCCGGGACCUCCCUGUUCCUCCGCUUCCUCACACUGCAACGACCACCCCCCGAAAUGAGCUUCCGCGAGUUCAAGGCCGAGCUGGUGUCACGGGCGCGGGAGUUUGUGCGGGAUAGUGGGAAGUGCCGCGCGACAAUUGCGGCGCACAUGUCGAACUUCAUCCAGGAUGGCAACACUCUGCUGGUGCACAGCUACAGUCGCGUCGUCAUCCAGGCGCUCCUCUUCGCCGCCCAGACGCAGAAGAAGCGGUUCCAGGUGUAUGUGACCGAGUCGCGACCCUUCGGACUCGGGCUAAAGACGCAUGCUGUUCUGACGGAAGCGGGCAUUCCCUGCAUCGUCGUCCUCGACUCGGCCGUUGCCUACAUCAUGUCAAAAUGCGACCUCGCAGUGGUGGGCGCGGAAGCCGUCUGCGAGAGCGGAGGUCUGGUCAACUUCAUCGGUGGUUACCAGAUGGCGAUUGCUGCCAAGGCGAUGGGCAAGCCCUUCUACGCGCUGGCGGAGUCGUUCAAGUUCACCCGCCUCUUCCCCCUCUCUCAGUACGACAUCCCGUCAAGCCUUCCGUCCGCACCACUCGCCUUUCCGGAGUUCGACGACCCCGUCUCGACCAAGUCGACUGGCGUCCCGCCUACGCCCGUACGACCAAUGAUCCACAGCAGAAUGCCUGAACCGCUGGAGAUGAGCGACGAAGCGACCCGGCACAACCCGAUUCUCGACUACACGACUCCAGAUCAUAUUACGCUGAUUGUGAGCGACAUCGGCGUGAUGACCCCGUCGGGAGUCAGCGACGCCCUACUUGCCGUCUACGCAGAGUGA